AUGGCAGGCUACGGCAACCGCACCGCGCCCUCGUACACAGCCGCAGACCUCGAGUCCCAACACACCAGCACGCGGCUCAACCUGGUAGAUUCGCACACGCCGUACCACAAUCCGCACGACAAGCACGGCUCGGGCACCACGGGCGGCGCUGGUUUCGUCUUGUCCUUGAUCCUGUUCUCAGAGGUGGCCUUUGGUGGCGCUAUGCACGCUUCACUACAUAUUCAGCUUUCCAUUUCCCUUUCCACUGCCUUGCCUCCUCCUCCUCCUCUCCAUCUUCUUCUUCCUCUGCUCAUUCACCCACUAACACAUUCUCCACACACACCAGGCAACAAGCGCUCGUCCUCGUCCUCGACCCCCUCCUCCUCAAGCAAAGACAACUCAGAAUUCCGCUUCGGGUCGCACGACUCGACGACGCCAUACUCGCAUCCCGCGCCGCUGGGCAGCGGGUCGACGGGCGGCGCGGGCUACGGGAACAAGACGGGCGAGAUGGGGGGUCCGACGCCGGAUUCGGCCGUGGGCCGAAUCGUCGAGAAGGUCGGGGGCGUGGUGCGGAGUCAGAGGGUGGUUGGCGUGGGGAGGGGGAUGCGGGAGAGGGAGGGGUAUGGGAGGGAUGAGGAUGAUGAGGGGGAGGAGAGGGUGGCUAAUUAAUUUUAGGGUUUUAUAACAGAUACUUUAUGAAUGCUCGUUAUUGUGGGAGUAAAGAUAGUCGAGCUACUUUUGGAGGCGUCGAGAUUGUGUCAGCUAAGUAUUCCUGACAUGGCUGGAAUGAGCUUAGUAUUUGUAUUUAAAC